UCUCCCUAAAUUAUGUACGAUUUUUUAUCUGUUUAAUUUUUCGAUUUGCGAUUCAAAGAAAAUUUGAAGAUACGCUGUCCUUGGUCUAAAAUUAAUAAUUUUUACAAAUAUUUCCAUCUUAGUCACAAUCAGCAAGUGUAUAAUUGGAAGUGUUUUUCUUUUACUGCUAUUUAACAAAUCGUUAGAAAUAUAAGACGCUCAACGGCAACUUAGUGAUUAUAAAAGACGAUUUUAAUAAAACUGCAUUUUGAAUAUCAGUAUUGAUCCAAUCAUUGUAAAAUAGUGCGAUGAAAGUGGUAAAUAUUAUUUAUUCUAUUUAAUUCUUCAGUGAUUUAAUAUUAAAAAUCACAUUGUGUAUUGACAAGUGCGGAAUGAAUCUCGAUAAUUCAUCGAGAGAGAAUUCGGAAGCGUUGGAUUCCGUCGGCACAGUAAGUCCGAGAGAAAAAUAUCACAGUAUGAAGGACAAAAAAGUAUCGGUUCCAAGUACGGAAGGUGCACGGCCUAAGGUCGUGACUGUGAAACAUCCCGAGUCAAAUAAACCUAAACCUACAGCUAAGAAAAACAAACCCAUUCAAGCCGAUUUAGAUGUCAUUAAGGAGUUCAUGAGGUGCAGAGAUGAAGGAGUUAAAAGAUUAGACCUCAGCAAGUCUUCAAUUACUUCUUUACCACCAAAUGUUAGAGAUUUGACUCAUCUCAAUGAGUUUUAUUUAUAUGGAAACAAACUGGUUGCUCUUCCUGCAGAAUUUGGCUGUCUGACAAAUUUACAAACCCUGGCUCUCAAUGAGAAUUCUCUGACAAGCUUGCCUGAUUCUCUUGCAAACUUGAAAUCAUUAAAAGUUCUAGACUUAAGGCACAAUAAAUUGAAUGAUAUUCCUGAAGUUGUCUACAAAUUAACAUCUUUGACAACUUUGUUCUUGAGAUUCAAUAGGAUUAGAGUAGUGGGAGAUGGCAUAGCAAAUUUAACCAAUUUAACUAUGCUUAGCUUGAGGGAAAACAAGAUAAAAGAAUUAUCAUCAGGAAUUGGCAAUUUAGUUAAUUUGGUUACAUUUGAUGUAUCACACAAUCAUUUGGAGCAUUUGCCUCAAGAAAUUGGAAAUUGUGUAAAUUUGUCGACAUUGGAUUUACAACACAAUGACUUGUUGGACAUACCAGAAACAAUUGGCAAUUUGCAGGCUUUGACUAGAUUAGGAUUGAGAUAUAAUAGGCUUUCUUCAAUACCAGCUAGUCUUAGCAAUUGUGUUAAUAUGGAUGAGUUUAAUGUUGAAGGGAACUCUAUUUCCCAAUUACCAAAUGGUCUACUUUGUAAUUUAACUAAAUUAACCAGCAUUACUUUAUCGAGGAAUUCAUUUACAAGUUAUCCAUCAGGCGGCCCUGCGCAAUUCACUAAUGUAUACUCCAUUAAUUUAGAACACAACCAAAUUGAUAAAAUACCAUAUGCUAUAUUUUCCAGAGCAAAAAAUCUCACAAAACUGAACAUGAAAGAGAAUUUAUUGACUUCUCUUCCUCUGGAUAUAGGGACAUGGCUGAACAUGGUGGAGCUUAACUUGGGCACAAACCAUCUUACCAAACUACCUGAUGACAUACAAUGUUUACAAAACUUACAAGUUCUGAUCUUAUCUAAUAAUCUUCUAAGGAGAAUUCCUCCAAGCAUUGGUAAUUUGGGAAAGCUGAGGGUACUUGAUCUUGAAGAGAAUAAAUUAGAAAUUCUGCCAAAUGAAAUUGGAUUUCUGCAUGAAUUGCAGAAGUUAAUAGUUCAGUCUAACCAAUUAACUACAUUACCCCGCUCCAUUGGUCACUUGGUUAACCUCACAUUCUUGAGUGUAGGUGAAAAUAAUUUACAAUAUUUGCCCGAAGAGAUUGGCACGCUUGAAAAUUUAGAAUCACUAUAUCUAAAUGAUAACCCAAAUUUGUGUAACCUGCCAUUUGAACUAGCCUUAUGUGUGAGUUUGCAAAUAAUGAGCAUUGAAAAUUGUCCAUUAACUGCUAUUCCAUCCGAUGUAGUAUCUCUUGGGCCAUCAUUAGUUAUUCAAUAUUUAAAAUCAAAAGGCCCCUACAGAGCCAUGUGAUAUGAGGAAGAUGAUUAUUUACCAUCUACCUCUGGUACUGAAAUAUCUUAAAUGCUAUUAAAGCCAAGAAAACUAAAGGAUGAUUUCAAAUGUAAUAGCAUGUUAUUAUGACAUGCUUAUAAUAAAUUAUAUACAUGCUAUAAUUUUCAUUGUAUGUUUACUGUUUACAUUAUGUAAAACAGAAUUUAAUCAAUAUUAUUUUAAAUCAAAGUUAUGCUUUAACUAUUUAAAUGUAUUGGUGUUGUAUAUAAAUCUAGAUGUCAGUACUUUCUAAAAGUAAGGAAUUUAUUCUUAUUUAAUAAUGUUUUUAUUGUAUAUCCAGUGGCCAAAAAGGUAUGAUUUAUUAUUCUACUAUAUCUAAGAUAAGCUAGGAGGAAAGAUGUAACUGAAUGUUAUUUAUAUAUUUUAUGUGUUGCUGUUGUAUACAUGUGUAGAAUUAAUUUUCAGAAAUUACUAUUAGCUUCAAAAUUGAGCAAAAGCAUGACAGCAAAGAUUCUUAAUAGUUUAUCAAUUAAUAUCUGUAUCACAUAUUACCAUUUGGAUUCAUUAAAUGUAUUUGAUUAAUAAUAUAAUUGUUGAUGUAUAUAGGAUUUAAAUAUGUAUACAUUAGUUUAUUAGGGUUGGCUUUGAUUGUUUAGAAAUGAAAAGUAUGUUAUAUAAGACAAAAAGUGUAAAAUAUAUUGCAAGUUGUACCUAGUAAAUACAUGAUGAAGUCUUGUAAUUAUAAUCAAUUAAUUUGACUUUCCAACGCAAUCAAAAUGUACACCUACUGUCUAUGGUAAGGAUUUAAUUAUAUAUACUAUGAAAAGGAUCUCAUAGUUGUUCACAGUAUUUGACUAUAGCUGUUUCUGCUCCGAGACAUUGCAUUAUAAGUUAGUUAUGUGUGUUAAUUAAUAAUUCUUUGUGUAAACAAAGUUGUUGUAGGUGUUACAUUUAUUCUAUAGCUGGCUUUUUAAAACAAUACAUUUCAUUGUUUGUUGGUGUUGUAAAAAUAUUGCAUUUACUAUUUUAAUGUUUAUAUAUAGGAUUUGUAGUAAAAACUUGUAUGCUCAUGUAUAGUCCUUAGUUUACUGUUUACAUCUUUCAUUUUUUAAAUACAAUAAGAAGGUUAUUCUUUUAUAUAUUUAUAUUUAAUGUAUUGAUAAUGAAUGCAUCAUCAACUUGUUUUGCAUAUAAUACCAAUUGUCAAUUGAAUAUGGUAUGUUGACAUUAAAAACUGAUCUUUAAUAUAUAUAUAGUCAUGUCCAAUUAUAAUUGUUAGACCAUGUGUUGUAGGUAUACUUUUCAAAGGCCUAUAUUAUAUUAAAGCUUCUACAUUUUGAAUUUUGACUAUUGAUGAGAAAAUAUUGGUGUCCAAGUUAAUACAACUAAAUAAAAUGGUUUACUCAUUGUUGGAUUUUUAAAUUUUCUCUGCAAUAUAGAUGUGCAUAAUUAUCAAAGUAUUCUCAUUUUUUUUUAUAUUUUUUUGCCAAGUAGUGUAUUGGUUGUUUUAUGAGUAAUAUAAACUGUGAUUGUUACGUAUCUAAACAAUUUAGUAAUAUAACACCUAUUUUAAUUAGCAAAAUUUAAUUUUGUUAAAGGUGUUAACUGUACCGGCACUGUGUUUACAAACUGUUUAAAAAAAUAACUAAUGCAUUUAAUUACUAUCAACAGUGUUCUAUAAUUAUGUGACAAAAAUAAGACUUAAUUAAGAUUACUUUUGCCACUGUGUAAGAUUUAUGUACUCUUUUAUGUGUUAUUAAUUGAUAUGAAAUAAAUUAUAUAAAUCUGG